GAUGGGGUCAGUGUACAUCAGGAGAGUUGGACCCGGACGCCCCGAAGCCCACUUGCUCACUCUCGUGCCCCUUCUCCCUCCCUCACUGUGAUUCUUUCAGAGGAACCACCUGUGCAUCUUUGGGAGCCUAUUUUGGUGAUUGUGUGUCUCUGGUGACCCCUUCCCAUCAGUCCGCAGGGCCCCCACCCUACCUGUGUCUCCGCAGGGGCCCAUGCCCGCUGGGAUGCUGAUUGAGCGCUCCUCGGACUUCGGCAACACUUGGCACGUGUACCAGUACCUGGCUGCUGACUGCACCUCCGCCUUCCCCCACGUCCACCAGGGCCAGCCUCAAAGCUGGCAGGAUGUUCGAUGCCAGUCCCUGCCCCACAGGCCCAACGGGCGCCUGGAUGGGGGGAAGGUUCAACUUAACAUUAUGGAUUUAGCAUCUGGGAUUCCAGCCACUCACAGUAAAAAAAUUCAAGAGCUGGGGGAGAUCACAAACUUGAGAGUCAACUUCACCAGGCUGGCCCCUGUGCCCCAGAGAGGCUACUACCCCCCCAGUGCCUACUACGCAGUGUCCCAGCUGCGUCUGCCAGGCAGCUGCUUCUGCCACGGCCACGCCGACCGCUGCGCCCCUCAGCCCGGAGCCUCCGCCGGCCCCUCCACCGCGGUGCAGGUCCAUGAUGUCUGCGUCUGUCAGCACAACACUGCUGGGCCCAACUGUGAACGCUGUGCACCCUUCUACAACGAUCAGCCCUGGAGACCCGCAGAUGACCAGGACCCCCACGAAUGCCAGCGGUGUGACUGCAAUGGGCACUCAGAGACCUGUCACUUCGACCCAGCUGUGUUCGCCGCGAGCCAGGGGGCACACGGAGGCGUGUGUGACAACUGCCGGGACCACACGGAGGGCAGGAACUGUGAGCAGUGUCAGCUGCACUUUUUCCGCAACCAGCGUCCCGGCGCUCCCAUUCAGGAGACCUGUAUCCCCUGCGAGUGUGAUCCCGAUGGGGCAGUGCCAGGGGUUCCCUGCGACCCAGUGACUGGACAGUGCGUGUGCAAGGAGCAUGUGCAGGGGGAGCGCUGUGACCUGUGCAAGCCAGGAUUUACGGGACUCACCUAUGCCAACCCGCAGGGCUGCCACCGCUGUGACUGCAGCAUCCUGGGGUCUCGUCGGGACAUGCCGUGCGAUGAGGAGAGUGGGCAGUGCCUGUGUCUGCCCCACGUGGUGGGCCCCAAAUGUGACCAGUGCGCUCCCUACCACUGGAAGCUGGCCAGUGGUCGGGGCUGUGAGCCCUGUGCCUGUGACCCUCAGAGUUCCCUCGGCCCCCAGUGCAACCAGUUCACCGGGCAGUGCCCCUGCCGAGAAGGGUUUGGUGGCCUGACGUGCAGCGCCGCAGCCAUACGCCAGUGUCCCGACCGGACGUACGGAGGUGCAGGCACGACGUGCCGCGCUUGUGACUGUGACUUCCGGGGGACGGAGGGCCCAGGCUGCGACAAGGCCUCGGGCCGCUGCCUCUGCCGCCCGGGCUUGACCGGACCCCGCUGCGACCAGUGCCAACGAGAUUACUGUGACCGCUACCCGGUGUGCGUGGCCUGCCACCCUUGCUUCCAGAUCUACGAUGCUGACCUCCGGGGGCAGGCCCUGCGCCUCAGCAGCCUCCGCAAUGCUACCGCCGUCGGCCUGUGGCCCGGGCUGGGCCUGGAGGACCCUGGCCUCACCUCCCGGAUCGCGGAUGCCAAGAGCAAGAUGGAGCAGAUCCAAGCAAUCCUUUCCCGUUCCCCGGUCACCGAGCAGCAGGUGUCCCGGGUGGCCAAUGCCAUUUUCUCCACCAGGCAGACUCUCCAGAGCCUGCAGCCUGAUCUGCCCCCAGAGGAGGAGACCUUGUCCCUCUCGGAAGACCUCAAGAAUCUGGACCGAAGCUUCAGUCACCUCCUCGUUAUGUAUCAGAGCAAGAAGGAGCAGUUUGAAAGGAUAAGCGGUGCCAAUCCUUCAGGGGCCUUCCGGGUGCUGACCGCAGCCUUCCAGCGGUCCUCCCAGGCUGCUCAGCGGGUCUCCGACGGCUCCCGCAUGCUCUUGCAGCUCAGGGACAGCCGGCGAGAGGCGGAGAGGCUGGAGGGCCAGCUGGGAGGAGGAGCCGGUGUUAGUGGGCCCCAGCUUGUGGCCCUGAGGCUGGACAUGGCUUCCUUGCCUGAUCUGACACCCACCAUCAACAAGCUCUGCGGGGGCUCCAGGCAGACGGCCUGUACCCCAGGAGCGUGCCCUGGAGAGCUGUGUCCCAGAGACAAUGGCACGGCAUGUGGCCCUCACUGCAGAGGUGCCCUCCCCAGGGCGGAUGGGGCCUUCCGGAUGGCGGGGCAGGUGGCCCAGCAGCUGCAGGGCUUCAAUGCCCAGCUCCAGCAGACCCGGCAGAUGAUCAAGGCCGCUGAGGAAGCCGCCUCGAAGGUGCAGUCAGACGCUCAGCGCCUGGAGACCCAGGUGAGCGCCGGCCGCUCCCAGAUGGAGGAGGAUGUCAGGCGCAUGCGGCUCCUCAUCCAGCAGGUCCGGGACUUCCUGUCAGACUCUGACACUGAUGCGGCCACCAUCCAGGAGGUCAGCGAGGCCGUGCUGGCCCUGUGGCUGCCCACAGACUCGGCCACGGUGCUGCGGAAGAUGAAUGAGAUCCAGGCCAUUGCCGCCAGGCUACCCAGUGUGGACCUGGUGCUGUCUCAGACCAAGCAGGACAUUGCUCGGGCUCAGAGGCUCCAGAUGGAGGCUGAGAAGGCCAGGAGCCGAGCCCACGCGGUGGAGGGCCAGGUGGAGGACGUGGUGGGGAACCUUCGGCAGGGCACGGUGGCUCUGCAGGAAGCCCAGGACACCAUGCAAGGCACCAGCCGUUCCCUUCGGCUUAUCCAGGAGAGGGUUGCUGAGGUUCAGCAGGUCCUGGGGCCGGCGGAAGGACUGGCGGCUGGCAUGGGCUUGCAGCUGGGUGACUUGCGGGCGCGGAUGGAGGAGCUCAGCCGCAGGGCCAGGCUGCAACAGGAGCAAGUGGCGAGGGCCCAGCAGCUCACAGAGGGUGCUAAGCAGCGGGCGCUGAGCGCCCAGGAGGGAUUUGAGAGAAUAAAGCAAAAAUAUGCUGAGUUGAAGGACCAGUUGGGUCGGAGCCCCAUGCUGGGGGCUCAGGGCAGCCGGAUCCUGAGUGUCAAGACGGAGGCAGAGGAACUGUUUGGGGAGACCAUGGAGAUGAUGGACAGGAUGAAAGGUGAGGGGACGGUCCUGGGGCUUGGACUCCUGGGCAUCCCAGGAGGCUGGCCCCAACCCAGGGCUUCUGAGGCCCACCCUUGUCAGAGCUAGCAGUGCUAAGGGACGAGACCAGUAGGGCUUUCCCAAGCAUCCAGGAAGUCAGAGGCACAAUGAUGGGGCGGUUGGGAAUGCAGAGAUACUUGUAAGACUUGUCCUGCCCUCAAGAGCUUGCAAUCCAGAUGGGGCCAUUUUUCUGGUCACCUGCAAGAUGCGUGAAGCUAUUUAACAGCACAAGGGGGUCCGUGAUAGGAGCCCACAUAAUAAGCACUCUGUGGAGAGACAUUUCUGUUGGAGAGAAAUGCUCAGUGAAGGUGAUGUUCAGAAAAGAUAAGAUUUGACAUAGGCCUGGAAGGAUGUGUAGGCCUGCGGGGGGAUGCUGUGAGGAAAAGCA